AUCAACAACAUGGCGUCAUCGACGUCGGUGUUUUUUUUAAUCGUCAGCUCCGCAGCUGGGCAGGCCGGCAAGCAAGCUGUCGGCGAUAUUGGACCUCGCCCCCUCCUUCUAACACGUGGAUCGCCGUCGUGGCAGCCCGAGAAAAAUGCUGAGCUGAGCGUGGCUUCCGAGGUCGUUAGAGGUGAAAGAUGAAGGCUCUCAUAUUAGUCGGAGGUUACGGGACUCGGCUGCGGCCUCUCACGCUGAGCAGGCCAAAGCCGCUCGUCGAAUUCUGCAACAAACCGAUGAUGAUGCAUCAGAUCGAAGCGCUCGUCGAGGCCGGUGUGAACCACGUCAUCUUGGCCGUGAGCUACCGCGCCGAGCUGCUUGAGAAGGAAGUCAAGGCAGAAGGUGAAAAGCUGGGAGUGAAGAUAACGCUUUCCCAAGAGGAUGAGCCUUUGGGAACGGCCGGCCCUCUGGCCCUUGCCAAGGACCUCCUCGCGGAUGAAAACGAGCCCUUCUUCGUCCUCAACAGCGACGUCAUCUGCGACUUCCCGCUCAAGGAGAUGGUGCAGUUUCACAAGCACCACGGCAAGGAAGGCACCAUAGUUGUUACACGAGUUGAGGAGCCUUCCAAGUACGGCGUGGUCGUGUACAACGAGGUGGGCUGCAUAGAGCGGUUCGUGGAGAAGCCGCAAGAGUUUGUGUCCAACAAGAUCAACGCGGGCCUGUACAUCUUCACACCGGACAUACUCAAACGAAUAGAGGUGAAGCCGACGUCCAUAGAGAAAGAGGUGUUCCCAGCUAUGGUCUCCGAAGGCCAGCUGUACGCCAUGGAGCUACAGGGCUUCUGGAUGGACGUCGGUCAACCCAAGGACUUCCUCACCGGCAUGUGCCUGUACCUGCAGUCGGUACGAGUGAAGAGGCCCGAAAUCCUGCUGCCUCAGGGGCCGGGCAUAGUUGGCAAUGUGCUCAUGGACCCGACGGCUAGGAUUGGCAAGAACUGCCGGAUCGGUCCCAACGUGACCAUAGGGCCGAACGUGGUGGUCGAAGACGGUGCCUGCAUCAAGCGGUGUACCCUGCUCAACGGGGCGACGAUCAAGUCCCACUCGUGGCUCGACUCUUGCAUCAUUGGCUGGCGUUGUACCGUCGGACAGUGGGUUCGGAUGGAGAACACCUCUGUUCUGGGGGAAGAUGUUUUCGUCAAAGACGAGAUCUACAUCAACGGCGGCAAGGUGCUGCCUCACAAAGCCAUCUCAGACUCUGUCACAGAGCCGCAGAUCAUCAUGUGAUUGCAACAUGUUUCUUUUUUUUUUCAUUUUUAUACCAUAUUUUUUUACCUGUAAGCUUUCUUACUGCAACUUUUUUGCAUUAAAUGUUCUAGGAACAUA